UCAUAAAGAACACCCCAGGGGUCCGCAGCAGUUGUUCUCGAGACCCUCAUAAAGAACACCCCAGGGGUCCGCAGCAGUUGUUCUUGAGCCCCUCAUAAAGAACACCCCGGGGUGCGCAGCAGUUGUUCUCGAGCCCAUCAUAAAGAACACUCCGUGGUCAGAUAUCAGCUGUUCAGCCACCGCUCCCUCCUCACUACAAGGAAGAGCCGCCCCUCCAGCCCAGAUGCUGUGAGGUAACACGUCAGCACGGCAUGACGUCACAACACGGAAGCGGUGGCUGGCAACUGUACAAGUUGGAUGCUGCCCUCUGCUUAUUCCUUAUUACCGGCCGGCACCGGGCUGGUUGUUCAGUGGUCGCGGCCCUGAGGGGUCCAGGAUGCGGCUGCCGGGGGAUUUAGGCCGAUCCUGACCUGUGACUGCCAGAAAGGAGAAGGGAUGUGCCCGGGGAGAUCGUGCCAGCUCCGCCUGCUGUGACCCAGUGCCCGUCUAAUCAUCCUGUACGAGGCUGUGAACGUAUGUCUUGUGCUCGGCAUGGACUCUAAUGGUGAAGCAAGGCAGCCAGACGAUCCUGCCACCCAACCUAUCACCAUGGAUCUGAAAUUCAACAGCUCAAGGAAGUAUAUAUCCAUCAGUAUUCCAUCAAAGACAGACACCAUGUCACCUCACAUUAAGUCUGUCGAUGACAUCCGGGUUCUUGGCAUCAAUCUCAGCCAGUUCCAGAAGCCUGUGCAGUUUUUCAUUUGUGUUACUGGAGUUUUUGUUUUUUAUUUAAUAUAUGGAUAUCUGCAGGAGCUGAUAUUUUCCAUUGAAGGAUUCAAACCAUUUGGUUGGUACUUGACAUUAGUACAAUUUGGAUUUUAUUCUAUUUUUGGAUUAGUAGAACUUCAGCUAACACAAGACAAACGCAGAAGAAUACCUGCAAAAACCUACAUGAUAAUAGCUUUCCUUACAGUGGGCACCAUGGGCCUUUCAAACACUUCCCUUGGUUAUCUGAAUUAUCCUACUCAGGUUAUCUUUAAAUGCUGUAAACUGAUUCCAGUCAUGAUUGGAGGCGUCUUUAUUCAAGGCAAGCGAUAUAAUGCUGUGGAUGUAUCUGCAGCUCUAUGCAUGAGUGCUGGUCUCAUAUGGUUUACACUUGCUGACAGUACAGUUGCACCAAACUUCAAUGUGACGGGUGUGUUGCUCAUUUCCCUUGCACUCUGUGCCGAUGCUGUUAUAGGAAAUGUGCAAGAAAAAGCUAUGAAGUUACACAAUGGAUCUAAUUCAGAAAUGGUUCUGUAUUCAUAUUCCAUAGGAUUUGUUUACAUCUUACUGGGCUUGGCUAUUAGCAGUGGAUUGGCCCCCGCUGUAUCAUUCUGUUCCAAGUAUCCAUUUCAGACGUAUGGUUAUGCAUUCUUUUUUUCCCUGACUGGCUAUUUUGGGAUUUCUUUCGUUCUCGCAUUGAUUAAAUUGUUUGGAGCUCUUGUUGCUGUGACAGUAACAACUGGAAGAAAGGCCAUGACCAUAGUGUUAUCCUUCUUAUUUUUUUCAAAACCCUUCACCAUCCAAUAUAUAUGGUCUGGAUUAUUAGUUGUGUUUGGAAUAUUCUUAAAUGUCUAUAGCAAAAACAUGGAUAAAAUGAAACUUCCUCAUCUGUACAAUUUUCUCAAGAUAAAAGGCACAGAAGGAAAAUCAAGGACGUUCUCACAGACUGUAUAGAUAUACUUAUUUUUUUUUCUCCCCCUUAACAAUCAUUAAAUGAUUAUAUUUUUCCAAAGGGAAUCUGAUACACUAAUAUCAAGGUGAAGGCAUAUUGUCUGAUUUGUUGCUGCUGAAGUAUAAGCCAAGGAGGUGAAUUCACCACUGUGCUCACAAAUAGGCAUUUUACUGGACGUGACACUUUGUGGUGUCUUUAAAUGAUAUAUGGUACUCUGGGACCUAUUAGCUCUCUACUGGAGGCCUACACACUAGUGGACCAUGUGUUUUUUGUUUUUUUUUAUGGCAUUUUUAUUUUUACUGUUCUUAAGUCAAUGUUGCAACAAGGAGUUGUCAGUUGUCAAAUACUAAAUUAUCCAUAGUUGUAUAAAAUGCAUAUAUCAUAUUGUUGCCCUAAAUCAUGGUGGGUACAGAAUAUAUUUGUUUAGUGCAUGGGUUCUCUUUAACCAAUAAAUGUUUUCAUCUGUAGAUCUGAAUGAUGAAUUGCAGUUUGUAAGUUUUGUAACUUUCCUUUUUUUGUGUCGCUUGACUUGACAUGCAUGUGGUUCAUGCUAUGCCAGCAUGUGUAGUGCACAAAGGCGAAGCCUUAUUGACAUCAGAUUGUAGCAGCUACCUACAGAUGAAAGAGGAAAGCAUUUUCUUUGCACCUUCUCUUUCACAUUUCUUAUGUGUUCCAUUUUUGUAGCUGUGUGUUUUUGUAAAGUAAUUGGUUUUCUAUAUGUGUUAAUUCAGUGUGAAAUUACAGUAAUAUGAUAAUUUUAUGACAUUUUGGAAAUAAGAAACUCUGGAAACGGUAAAUAUUAUAAUACAAUGACCAAGAUUACCCAGAGCAUUUUGAAUUGCAUUCAUGUGUGUAUCUACCUAAAUAUGAAUGUAGCCCAUCCUAAGGCGAAUGGUCACUGGAAAUCCCAUGAGAAUGAAGAAUUCUUUGUCUGUCCCAUUCCCCUCACACAAUAGUAAAAGAUGACAUUUAUGAAGUUUGCUAUACAGUUAUGCCUGUGAAGCAUCUUAAUAGUUAAAGUGAAGGGGAAAUUGUAAUCUAAGGACCAAGCGUUUUUCUGUUUUUGCACUUUCGUUUUCCAAUUUUGCACCUAAAAAUUCAUAUGAUGGCUUAUUUUUUGCGCCACCAGUUCUACUUUGUAAUGACAUCAGUCAUUUUACCAAAAAAUCUAUGGUGAAACGGGGAAAAAAAUCAUUGUGCGACAAAAUUGAAGAAAAAACUGUUUUGUAAAUUUUGGGGGCUUCCGUUUCUACGCAGUACUUUUUUCAGUAAAAAUGAAACUUUAUCUUUAUUCUGUAGGUCCAUACGAUUAAAAUGAUAGCCUAAUUAUAUAGGUUUGAUUUUAUCAUACUUUUGGAAAAAAUCAUAACUACAUGCACGAAAAUGAAUACAUUUAAAAUUGUCAUCUUCUGACCCUAUAACUUUUUAAUUUUUCCGUGUACAGGUUAGUAUGAGGGCUCAUUUUUUGCGUCGUUAUCUGAAGUUUUAUUCCUUUUUUUAUGGUAUAAAAAGUGUCCAAAAAUACGCUAUUUUGGACUUUGGAAUUUUUUUGCUUGUAGGCCAUUGACCGUGCGGUUUAAUUAACAAUAUAUUGUUAUAGUUUGGACAUUUACACACGCAGCGAUAUCACAUGUUUUAUUUUUAUUAUGUUUAUAUAUUUUUUUUAUAUGGAAUUUGGGAAAAGGGGGGUGAUUUAAACUUUCAAUACGGAAGGGGUUAAUGUGUGUGUUUUUAAACAUUUUUUAAAACUUUUUUUUUCCUUUUUCUUACACUUUUAGUCACCUUAGGGGACUUUUAGGAGGAAUCAUUUGAUUCCUCAUACAGAUCAAUGUGGUUGUAUAAAACCACAUUGAUCUGUGUGCUCUGCGCUCGAUUGAUAAAGCCUGACCCUUCCAGGCUUUAUCAUUCUGAGCGCUUGAGCUGACACAGAACAUGAGGUAAGCCCUCAGGCUACCUCAACAGUGGAUCGCCCCAGCCCCCCCCCCCCCCGCAGUGUGAUCCACACCACUGGACCACCAAGGAUGGAAUAAAGGCACCUUUAGAUGACACUGUCAGCUUUGACAGCGGCGAUCUAAAGGGUUAAUAGCCGCCCGCAGGGAUCGCUGCAUGUCGGCUAUUAAGCCGGCCCCCAGCUACAAGAAUCAGCUGGGGGCCGGCCGGUAUGACGCGGGCUCAAGUCAGGAGCCCGCGCCAUACCACCUUAAUGGCGCAAACUUUUCUGGACGACAUGUUGCAUUUAAAAAGUUCCUGCAAAGGUAAUGUAAAGUUACUAGUGCUGUGGAAACCCCUUUAGAAGUCGUACCAUGGUCAUUGUAUCACAGGUAAAGAGAAAUUUAUAUAUUUUUUCUUUGCUAACUGAAAAUAAAUUGUAAAAAUUCACAUGUUUAUAAGUGAUAUGUUGUUUUCGCCCCAAUUUGUCAUUUUACAGGAGGUAAUGGAAGAAAUUACAUAAAAAAAUUUUAGGAUGCUUUUUUUUCUUCUUAAUUUGCAUUCAGAAAGGCUCACACCCUUAUACUUUAUUCACAUUUUUAUAUUUUGUAGCCUUGUGCUAAAAUAAAAUCUUUUUUUAGCAUUCUGCAUUCAAUGCCCCAAUAAUCAAAAAAGUGAAGUCUUAAAAAUGGCUAAUUUAUUAAAAAGGAAAAAAUAAAAUAUAGCAUACGUAUUCAGACCCUUUUUCUUAGUACCUAAAGCAUGUUUGCAGCAAUUACAGCCUACAGUCUUCUAAGGUAUGAUACUACAAGGUUUGUACACCUGUAUUUAUGGAUUUUGUGCCAUUUUUCUCUGCAAAUUCUCUCAAGCUCUGUCAGUUUGGUAGAAGCCAUUUCCAUGCCUCUUCAGAGAUGUUUG